AUGAAGCCACCUCCCUCCCAUUGCAGCUCCUCACCUUCCCUCAACUGCCAGGGCAGGCACCGUGGGCUCCCUGGGGUGGUGGUCCCCCCUGUGCUGCACCUCGAGCUGCGGUGCACUCUCCCGCUGCACGAGACCUUCCCGCCGCCGCGCCCCCAGCCAAUCAGCGGCGGGCGCCUCGAGGCCGGGGACCAAUCCGCGGGCAGCGCGGGAAAGGCGAACCCCCCCUCCCCCCCCCAGGGCUCGCGCGCGCGAGCGGCUGGUUUCCAACGGCCGAGGCGCGAGGACCGGCCCCGCCGCUCGCCGCCCGAAGGCCCCGCCCCUUUCGCCAGUGGGCGGGGCCUGUCGGGCCGUUGGCAGCGGUCGGAGCUGGCAGCCGCUGCCAUGAGCCACCGCAGGAGCAGAGGGGACAUCAGGGAUGUGGGGGACCCCCACCCGCGGAGGGGCCCUCACCCCACUGGACCCAGACCUGGACCCGGCCGCAUCAAGCGCCGGAAAACCAAGCGGGAGCGGGACACUGCCAAAUUUGGCAGGAAGGUCCCCAGCGGGAGGCAGCGGGGGGCCGGACUCCCACCCCGCAGGCUGCUGCCCCUGUGGGGGGGCCGCCCCCCUGCCAGCCCCCUCCCAGCCCCCAAAACCAUCGUCAUCACCCAGAACCGCCUAUGCCAGCACCAGGGCAUGUUCAACCGGGAGGUGAAGUCGGUCAACGUCGAGCGACUGCUGAGCCCCUGUCCCGGGCAGGACUGCGGCCCCCAGGCACCCCAAACCGAGGGGGAGAAGGGGGUCCCCGCAGAGCUGCCCCUGCGGGAGCUGGCCGGCCGGCUCCGCGCCAUCCUGGGGCACACCAUGGCUUUUCCAGGACGUGAUCUGGUGGGCGAGCGGCGCCAGGCCAUCCUGGCUGCCCUGCUCCACCGGCACCAGGCCCUGCCCGACCUGUCCCUCCUCCUGGCUCACCGGAAUCGGGGGGCAGAUGCUGCGCCCCCAGGUUGCUGGAGCCCUCGGACCCCUGAGCGGGAGCUGAGUGGUGGUGGGAGCGCAGAGCAGGGCGAUUUUGGGGAGCAGAAACAGAGCUGGGACACGACACCCCCCUACAGCAGCACCCCUGCCCCCUUGCAAGCCAUUGUGAAUAGGAGCCCGACCUACCCCGCCAGGCCAGGCACCCCCAGCCCCAUUUUUGGAGGCGACGGACAGAAGAGGGAGACCCCCUUCUCCUGGACAUCAGGCGAGGAGGACAACCCACGCCCCGACAGCCCGGCUCCGCUGUUCCAGCCCCCAGGAGAGAGGAUGCCAUCCUGGGGGGAUCCCCACCGGCACAGGGGGCCCCUGCCCCACGGCAGGGUCCUGCCCGGCUCCCCCCCCACCCGCGUCCCCCCUGGCUGCACCUGCAGGGAUCCCUCCUUCGCGCAGUCCCACGCCGCUCCGCAGCCCACCCCGGCGGCUUUCGGGGAGGAUGCUGGCGAGGGCUGCAGCUGGAGCCGCCGGCCGCCGAUUGCCCCGCCGUCUUUCAGCCCAGUCGCGCCGCAGCAUCGCCAUCCACCACACCGCUCCAUCACGGCGCAGCUUGCUCCCCGGUGCCUGGACCUGUGCUGCAGGACCAGCCUGGACGCCCAGACCCCCGACACCUGGAGCCCAGAGGCGUCGCGCCGGCUGGGCUUCGUGCCAGGCCGGCCAUAUGACGAGCGCCGAGCCCAGCGCUGUCACCACCACCCGCUCCGGCACCACCCGCUCCGGCAUGGCUCCCACCGCCUUGGGCGGCCAUCGGUGCCCCCGAGCCCCGGCACCUGCUGCUGGCAGCCGUCGCUGGAGCGCAGACCCCCCCCAGCAAGCCGCCGGCGGUGGGACUGGGAGGCCUGCUGGGAUGCGGCGGAGCCAAGGUGCCGUCGGGGCCUGGGGGAGCAGGGCUGGCUGCGGGCGCUCAGGCACCUGCCCCUCUCCUGCUUACCCCCCUCAGAGGCGCUGGAGCGGGACGGCUCCCCCCUGCCCAGUCGCGAGACCUGGGGCUGCCCCUGCGCGGGGCUGUACUGA